AAAAAACCCUUCUCCACGAAAGACCUCCAAAAGAAUUAAAACAUCCUCUGCAUCUUUCUGAGUUCUUCCUUUCCUUCCCUACAAACCAAUAAAGGCAAAGAAGCUAGAAGCUACAUCGCAUCACAAAAAAACCUUUUGUGUUACCUCUAUGCACUCUUCACCCUUCUCUCUUCAUCUUUCAACAUCAUUAUCCAAAGGGAAAGAACUAAGGAAACAUCAAACCUGAGAAGAAAUAACAACCCACUCUGUCAUAUCCACACUCUCCUUCUGAAUCGUUUUCACUGAAACCCCACACAACCACCAUUCUUCUAAAUUAUCUUGGAGAAAAACAAUGAGAACGGAGUUGAAGAAGAAGAUAUCCAAGACUUCAUGGCCAAAUUUUAAUGUAAGGAAGUGGCUCAAUAAAAGGAGCAACGGUGAUAGCUUUCACCCAGAUUACUCUUUACCAGAGGGGUGGCUGAUGGAUUCGACAAACGAAUUGAAACAUUCCGCAGCGGUGAAGGAGGCGCCAUCUGUCAGUGACAUCGACACGCUCAACCCUAGGAUGUUCGUAGGGACGUGGAAUGUGGGAGGAAAGUCACCAAACCAAGGAUUGAACUUGAGGGAAUGGUUGAUGUUGCCUUCACCAGCUGAUAUCUAUGUCAUUGGGUUCCAAGAAAUUAUACCUCUAAACGCAGGGAACGUGCUUGGGCCAGAGGACAGUGGCCCAGCAACGAAGUGGCUGACUCUGAUUCGUGAAGCCUUGAACUCUAACACCGGUGAAGAAAGUUGUACUACAUUAUGUAGCUCAAGUGAACAUGAAGAACAACCCUAUUAUUGCCUUGCAGCAAGUAAACAAAUGGUGGGUAUCUUCUUGUGCGUGUGGGUACGUGAGGAUCUUUACAAGCAUGUCACCAAUUUAAAAGUGUCUUGCGUUGGUAGAGGCAUCAUGGGCUAUCUUGGAAAUAAGGGUUCAGUAUCGAUUAGCAUGACAUUGUAUCACACGACGUUUUGCUUUGUUGGUACCCACUUGGCCUCUGGAGAGAAAGAUGGUGACGAGAUUCGAAGAAACUUAGACGUAUCAGAGAUCUUAAAGAAAACUAAAUUUUCUCACUCAUUCAAAGCUCUUGCCCAACCAUUCCCACCUCCUGAAACCAUAUUAGACCAUGACAAGAUUAUUUGGCUUGGGGAUUUGAAUUAUCGCCUUGCUGCUGGUUAUGAUGAUACACUUGAACUUCUGAAAAAGAAUGAUUGGCAGGCACUGUUAGAGAAGGAUCAGCUGAGGAUAGAGCAAAGAGCUGGUAGAGUGUUCAAAGAAUGGAAGGAAGGGAAGAUAUACUUUGCUCCAACUUACAAAUACUUAUUUGAUUCUGACCAGUAUGUUGCUCAAACAAACAAGUCCAAGGAAAAACGACGAACACCGGCUUGGUGCGAUCGAAUUCUGUGGAAAGGAGAAGGCGUGGAGCAGUUAUGGUACGUGAGAGGAGAGUCAAAAUUCUCAGACCACAGGCCAGUGUAUUCACUGUUCUCGGUUCAGGUGGACAUGACAUGUAAGAAGCUAAGUUCCUGUGUUGUGUCUGCAUCAGAGAGUGGCUCAAUCUCAAUGUCAAGGUCAUGCUCCUCUAGAACCCUGACAAACGCUGCCUUGUCCUCUUCUUGCUUUGCUAAAGUUCAGGCAGAGGAACAACUAUUGUUACUAACCAGGGAACAUAGACACCACACCUGCAGGGUUCUCAGUUAGUACACAGGAAUAUGAUACUAUAUAUACACCAAGUGGUCACCACUCACCACUUUCCGAGGAACAAAAGUAACACACAAGUGACACGACCAUCGAGUUGCCGCAGCUCGCGGUGUGCCCUGACAAGGUUUGGGUUCUGUGUUCCUCACUUUUUUUUCUUGUUGGAACAGAGGAUUCAAUUCAUUACUAUUUUAUGCUGUAAAAAGUUCACAUGCCCCCACCCUUCCGCCUUUCCAAGCUGAAAAUGUGUAGAGCUAGCAAUUAUCCGUUGAAUUCUUGGUGUUGCUUAUCUGAUGUGCUUCAAAAUACACUAAUAUAUUUUGAUGUUCGUGUACAUUAAAUCUUUUUUAUUUUUAAUGUAUGAACAUCAGAGGAACAAUACCAAAAAUUCAGCAUAGAUUCUGAACUCAAGCGGAGGAAGUGCAUCGGAUGCGUGCUCCUUUUUUCUGAGCUUUUGGUAAACUAUAAGGUUUCCAUCUUCCAAAUGUUUGAUUGGUUAGUCUAUUUUUAUGGCCAUUUGAAGAAAAUUGUAAAUCAAAUUGUUUUUUACUUUUUCUGUUGUUGUUCAAUACAGUGUAUCGAAUUUUGUUAUGUAAUAAAUCUAUACCAGCUUAAUAUGAUACUUGUCAUGUCUUUGCAGCACAAAUAAAUCCUUGAGUUU